UCUCUCUCUUCCUUUUCUGACCAUUUUUCUGCUCUGAGCUCAUCUACUUCUACACUUUCACUCCACUCCACUCCACUCCACUCCACUCUUCCUCUUCUUCUUCUUCUUCUUCUACAAGCUUUUAGAACGAAGGAGCUCUCUCAGUUUGAGUCUCCCAACCACCAUUAUUAACGCAGCCGAGUUGGUGCUUUUCUCUAGCCUUUACUACCACCACCGCCAUCAUCAUCACCAACAAUAAAAAAACACCGCACCAUUGGUUUUGUCAACUUGGAGAUUCUACAAGUUAGGGUUUAGUACUGAGACUUUACUUACUGAAACUAAGCUCGGGAUACCAUUCAAGUUCAAGAUUGGAAGUUUGGAAAUCUUGGAACACUUGAACAACAUUGAUUUACUAGGAACAAAUUGUGGGAAUUAGAUAGCUGUCCUGCACCUCUACUGCCAUCUAAUAACCAUUCAUCUGUUGAUUUAAUCUUGAUGUCUACAAUCUUAAGACGUGGCCUCGCAGUUUUGAGUUGCGCGUUCGUGUUUCAUCGAGUGUGACUUUGAUCCCUAGAGUCCGAAUCUCUGACAACAAGCCCUUCUCAUUUACGUUCGCUCUGCACAGUUACUUAUCUGUACCGGAUUUUGUGUUUGUUUCAGUGCAGCACUUCAGGUUGUCUGGGGAAGUUAUUCUGAAGAAUUAACAACUUAGUUGGAGUUUGAUAUCAGCAUUCAAAGAACCUGCAUCUUUUUCUCUUAAUAGCUAAAUGUUCUAGUUGCCAAUUGGAGAGAAGUGAUGCUUGAAGACUAAAAUGAUUAGCUCUAAAGUGUUGCUGACAUACAAGCGAAAGCGGAAGCUUUCACAUGGUACUGGGUACCUGAAGUCAUGCUCCAAAUAUCCAACAAAUAAACUAUCACCAGUUCCUGGAAAUCUGGUCGAAUCAGGUGAAACUUGGUCCUGUGUUAAAUGUGCUUGCGUUGAUGCUUUGGAAAAACGUCUGCUUUGUGAUAGCUGUUGUGAAACUUAUCAUCUUCAAUGCCUCGAUCCGCCCCUUAAGCGUGUACCUGACGGGCAAUGGUUUUGCUCUACUUGCGUAAAACAAAAAGAAUCUGGGGUGUAUCAAGUACAAGCAUCAAGGAGAGUGAAACCAAGAUUAACUAAUGAAGAAUCUGAUUUUGGACUAUCUACAAAUUCUUAUCUUAAAGUACUCCAGACUGUAAGACCCGAUGAAACUGCUUGUGAGGAGACAGAUGGCUCAGUUCGAGCAGGCGAAUUACCUGAAAAGAAGUCAGAUAAUUGUUUUACGGGUUUACCUUUACACACAGAUCAUGUACCCGAAUGCAAGAGUCCGUUGACCGGUGAGAGUUCCAUUCUGCAGUCAGUAAAUGUUGAAGCUCCGAAAAAAUCGAGCACUGAGUGCUUAGGAAUGUCUGGUGAAAGAGAUUGCACGGUUGAAUAUACGAGUGCCUCCACAUUGAAACCUUCUGGUUCAGAUACUGCUGAUUCACCUUUGAAAGAUAGCACUGAUUUAUGCAACUCCAGUGCCACUUUGAAGAAGAAAUUCAGUAUUACAUUCAACAGAAGAUAUAGAAAUAAAAAGAAUGAGACCAACAUAGAGAACCCGUUGGUCAAGGUGAAAGAAUGUUCAGUCAAUAAAUGCUGCAGCAACAGUGCAUGUGGUCCGGACGGUUCAUUUGAAGACAAUUCUCAACAGUGUAGCUCAGCAACUCAUCUAUCAACUUCACUACAGUUGAAGGAUGAUAAGUUUGUUGAACAGAACAGAGAUGCAGGUUCGUCAUCAUCCAUUGCUGCUAGAGGUGUUCAUAAAACUAAGAUGCAUGUAGAGCAAGACCAAUCAAGUCAACGAUGCCUAUCAGAGGAUCACUCAGCUAUUGCUGCACUAGUUCCAUGCCUGAACUCGCAUCCACAUCUUUCUUCAGUGCGUCCUGAAUUUGACUCAGGUGCCCAAUUUUCACGAAAAGAGUUCAUAGCCAAAACUUCCACAGAUGAAACAGACUCAAGUGUGAUAAACGAAAAAGUUCAAGAGUUGCCCAAAGUUGUAGAUUUGAAUGAAAAGCAGUCCCAAACAAUUGUGAAUGAUUGUGUGAAGGAAGCUGUUAUGCCCAAUCAUGUGUCAGAAAAUGGUGUUUUCCUGGCACCUCUGGACCUAACUACAUCUCCUAUUGAUUUACGCUGUAGUGAAACUUUUCUCGACUCCUCAAUUUCACUAGAUCCAAAUCAUGUAACUGACUGGUAUGGCGGAGCGUCCAAAAAUGUCCGAGGAUUGUUGGAAAGUACCAAUAAUUCAGUUGAAGAGAAAUUAGCUUCCCAGAACCUCUUCGUGACUAGGAAUACGUGCGAUGAAAUAGAGGAAGGUGUUAACAACCGUCAUGGAAAGGAUUCCCCAAUGCUCUCGUUGGGCAUUUCAUUGGUGGAUCCAUGUAAGAAGAGCUGCAGUGAUGAUGAAAUUAGUCACGUGGAUCCUCCUCGUGAACCGCUAGAUACCACUGCUUCCUUGGACUCUGAAGAAAUUAAUUCAAAUGUGGAGUCAGGAUGCGGGUUGAACCAGACAAACACUAGGGCAACCGAACCGCCUCUUUUUCCGUGUUCUGCAAGUUUAUCUUCCCCAUCAGUGCCUCCUAUCAACUUCUUCAAGGACACGCCCAGCAUUCCAUCUUUGCCAAACUCUGACAUUCUAAGUGGAGGCUGUACUCUAGAAAUGUCACUCCAUUCAGAAACGGCCAGUUUUCUGAGACGCAGGCAGAUACUUGACAGUAUUACAGCUAAAGCAUUAAGAGAAAGCCAGGGCUGUUCUUUGGGUCAAUUGAAGGGAGACCCUAAAAUUUGGUCAGAGGAAGAGUUAGAUUUUCUUUGGGUAGGUGUGAGGAGACAUGGAAAGGGUAACUGGGAUUCUAUCUUGCAGGACCCAAGAUUGCGAUUUUCUAGGUUUAGGGAUGCGACUGAUCUUGCCGAGAGAUGGUAUUUGGAACGAUUAAAUCUCUUGAAUACUACCUCUCACGACAUCAACUAUGACUUUUUAUCAAGAAAAAGAUCAAUUGGUUCUCAAUGUAAUAGUACUUAUCAUGCUGUAGGUCCUACAGGGACCUUGACUGACGAAACUCGACUUUCUCUUGGAGAUACUUACGUUCAGAGACAAUUAAAUAGGUUUGAUGUGCCGGGCAUUACUCAAAUGCUUACGAGUGGUGGUGUUUCUGAAAGGAUGAGUUCUGUUGGCAAUAGCAAGUUAACCCAUUCGGUUCUGCAGCGAAUUGGAACCAAACAGCUCCAUAUACCAUCAAGACGCCAACGGAAGCCAAGCCAUUCAAAUGCAAACUAUGGACGACAAAGAUAUGCUACAGGUCCGUCUAUUCUUCACCAAAAUCCUUACGAAAAGUUAGGGGUCAGAAGAGGGUUAUUCAAUAGUACGAGGGAUGGUUCGCUGUUAAGAGAAGAUAUGCCAAGUGGGAUUCGUGAAAGUGGUACGAAUCUGCCUCAUUGGCUCAAAGAAGUGGUCAAUAUGUCUUCUUUGAGGCCAUAUGAAGCAGCAUUUCUGCCUAAUGAAGGUUCAGCCGGAUCAGAGUCUUUGAACUUGAAAUGUAAUAACUAUAAUCGGGAUGCUCCACUGUUCCCUAGUCGCGAGGCAUCAAUGGUUUCCUCACCGGAUCCUCGUCAAAGGCUCGAUGAGGCUGGUUUGCAGGCAACAGCUAGCGUACCAAAUAAUUAUCAUUCCAGCAAAUCUAAGCGGGAUCCUUUUUCAAGGCUGGGUUCAACUUCUGAAAUACCCGAGUCACGGAAUCUAAUAUCGGAUUACAGAAGUGGACCGAAAUUCAACUGUCCAGUUACGUAUCCUGUUACCAAGGAAAAUGACUUGAUUGUAAUAGACAGUGACGCAUCUUCCGAGGAGACAUUGUCUGAUCAUUAAAGUGGUAGGCCUUAUUUUUUAGCAGUAAGUAAAGCUUAAAAAAGUUGCUUGAAAAUUUGCAGUCUAACUUAGAUUGUAGGAGGGUUCUUUUAAUGUCCUGUACAGCUACAUAUAUUUUGUAAUGUGUAAUGUCUAGAAAUUUAAUUUACUACAGCUAGUUGCUUUAAGUGAAUCAGAAGUCUCUGAACUAGUGUGCUUUCCCACCUAAAUUUAGGACCUCCUCCAUGCCCGGCUAAUCAAUUUCAUUUACUGGCCUUGUAGCCCUUAGGGGCCAUCAAUUUUUUUGGCAGUAUCUGUUUCUUCUUCUUUAUGGGUCCCUAUUCUUUCUUUUUUUUGUUCUGGUCUUUUAUGGCUUCUGAUUGAGGUCUUAGCUGCUACCUCUCCAUUAAGAGAAGGUAGUCAGUGGCUUGGGAGAGUUGGUAAAUAUGAAAUAUGGUUGAAUUUCAAUCGGACAAGCUCAUCUUUGGAGUCAUCUCAUCCUCUAUUUGGGUAUUCAGGUAUUUCUCCAGUUAUUUAAAUUAAUAGCCUUUACUUCGCUGAAACACUUAUUUUUACUACAUCUGAACCUGAAUUGUUUGGAGUAAUGUCUUUGUCCAGAGUAUGAGUUCUUGUGUUUGUUCUUCAUCUGUUCUGUGCACUUCAGAUGUUUGUUUUAAUGUCUAUUUGCAUUUGUCUUGUAUCAUCUGUUUUUAACAUCUUAUAUUUGUGUUGCCGCUGCGUAUUAACUAUUUGGUUUUCCAUUGUCAGCCUUUAGUCUGGUAUUCCAAUAUAUCCCUUGUCUCCUUAUUCUCAAGUUGAUCCUGUCGAAUAGUUACAACCAGUAGUAUGUUUUCAACCAAAGACUGAACAUAAAUUUUGAAACUAAAACUCAAACCUUUCAUGUGCUCAGCAAUUCCGGAAGAACAGUUCCUCUGUAUAUGUUGUUUUGGAAAAAUUUGUAGACAGAUUUUAUACUUGUGUCUCUUCUAUCUUCACCAUUUCUUUUGGUAAUCCCUGAUGGGUUUUUUAGAUUCUGCUUUUUCAUGUAAUUCCUCUUCCUGGAUAAACCAAUGAUGCCAGGCCUCGUUGUUUCUUGGCGUGCAAAGGUGAAAUAGUGGCUUUCUUUAGGCAUUUCAACCUUGUUAUGUAUCCAGCAGCUGUAUCUAGUUCUUAUCCUCACAUGACCAGCCGGGUGCUUCAUUUUCGCCAUCUUUUUUACAGAAACUGCAAGAAUUGAUUGGUUCCUGCAAUGAUGUUACAGGGCUGAUCUGUUCUCUGAGCAAUGUUAUAAUGAAAAUCUUAGCCUGAAACUGCCAACGCUUGGCGAUACUAAUACUAGGACUCGUAUGAUGCAUUUUAUGUUGUCGCAUGAUCCUGAUGUAGAGUUUAUUUCUGAAAACGGCUUAGCUGGAGAUAUUGCAAAUGUGUGGAAAGAUGGUUUCUCAUUUCACUUUUUGGAGUCUUGAUCAUGUUCAUUCAUGCUAAGAUUAUUUCUGGACCUGCAAAUGCGACUUGGAGUUUUUCUUGCUUGUAUGGUCCACCCCAUUAUGCUGCCAAAACAGUUCUGGAAUAGCUUAGCUGGUUUUCUACUUUACUCAAUCCUUGGUUACUUGGUUAAUUCUUGGGGAUCUCAUUCAGUCUCCUAUUAACCCAGAAGACAGGAUAUCUGCUUCUUCUUCUCUCAUCUCCUCAGAUAACAAAUUUUCCAGUGCAAUUGUUUCUUCCUGUGGUCUUCAAGAUGUCGAUUAUUCUGGCAAUCCUUACACUUAGCACAAUUAUCAACAACCUGAUCAGCUGAUGCAAGAAUGUUAUUCAGAGUGUUAUCUGUGCGAAUAGGUCAGUUUGUUGGGAGAACUUUACUCCUUUUGAUGACUGUAGGUUAACUUUGGUUACCUGUCAUGUGUUUCCUGUGUCUAUUUCAAUCUUGAAUGUACUAAUUCCUGGUCUGCUUCUCCACCUACUAUCCUCAAUGCUGUUUAAGCUGAGGAUAAAUCUUUUGAAUAUAAGUAGAAGUUAUUAAUGUUAUAAUUCAAUUUCCAUUUUUU